CACAAUCAGACACAUCAAGAUCUUAUCAGAUACAAUUUUAUUCUCAAUCAGUUCAGACAACAUAAAAUAUCAUUUUUUUUUUUACUUUAUACAUUUUUUGAAAUAAUUUAAUUACCUAAUUUAGUGACAAUAAUUUGGAUUAUAAAAAUUUAAAAAGUGUCAGUGAAAAUAACAUUUAAAACAAUGAAAAUUUUUAAAUUAAAGUAAUUUCAUGAACUGUAAUUACAAUAUGGCGAAUGGAGUUGGAUCUGGAUCGGGAUCAUUGACGAGAGAAGAAAGACGACGACGACGUAGAGCAACACAAAAAUAUCGAACUGCACAUGCAACCAGGGAAAGAGUAAGAGUAGAAGCAUUUAAUCUUGCAUUUGCUGAACUUCGAAAACUUCUUCCGACACUACCACCAGACAAGAAAUUAUCUAAAAUUGAAAUAUUACGACUUGCAAUAUGCUACAUAGCUUAUUUGAAUCAUGUAUUAGAUGCAUAAUAUUUGUAAAUAUUUAUUUAAUAAUAUAAAUUCUGUAUAUAUAUUAUUUUUAAAUUCAAAGGGUUGUUUAUUGUCAAAUUUAUUUUUCAGUAGU